UCCGGGUACAAGGCUUGCAACUUCCUUCUGGUAACUCAGCAGGUAUUAGUGUAUAUGUGCGGUCUGUUGCGAGUGACUCUUCGGGGGUGCUGUGAGGGGAACUCAGGCAAGCUCAGGACUCCAGACAUGGAUGUACUUACCUAUGAUGAUGUGCAUUUGAAAUUCACUAAGGAAGAGUGGUCAUUGCUGGAUGCUUCUCAGAAGAGUCUCUAUCAAGGUGUGAUGCUGGAGACCCUUAGGAAUCUCACAGAUAUAGGCUACAUUUUGGAAGAUCAUUCUACUGAAGAAUAUUUUAAAACUUCUGGAAGACAUGAAAGAGACUCGCUUCCAGAACAAUUUCAGAAAGUGUUGCAGGCUCAAACUGGACUCAGUUCAUCAGCCUUUCAGACAGAACUUCAGUCCAACCCUGAGACUUCAAAGCAUGCAGAGACUGGAAAACAAAUGGAGGUAGUGACCUAUGAUGAUGUGCAUGUGAACUUCACUCAGGAAGAGUGGACAUGGCUGGAUCCUUCUCAGAAGAGUCUCUACCAACAUGUGAUGCUAGAGACCUGUAGGAAUCUUACUGCUACAGGCUACAUUUGGAAAGAACAAACUACUGAAGAAUAUUUUAAAAGUUCUAGAAGACAUGGAAGGCAUGAAAGAAGUUUUACUGGAAAGCAACCCUCUGAUUUUUUUCAAUAUGGUAAACCCUUUGCACACCAGAGUCAUACCAAAAGGUAUGAAAUAACAGAAAAUGGAGAGAAAUCCUAUGAAUGUAACCAAUGUGGAAAAGCUUUAUCACAAAAAUGUAGUCUCAAAAUACAUAAAAGAACACAUACAGGAGAAAAACCCUAUAAAUGUAAGCAAUGUGUUAAAGCCUUUGCACAAAUUGGUGAUCUCCAAAAACAUAAAAGAACACAUACAGGAGAGAAACCCUAUAAAUGUAAUCAAUGUGUUAAAGCCUUUGCACAAAUUGGUGAUCUCCAAAUACAUAAAAGAACACAUACAGGAGAGAAACCUUAUGAAUGUAACCAAUGUGGUAAAGCCUUUGGACGAAGCUUUGCUCUCCAAACACAUAAAAGAACACAUACAGGAGAGAAACCCUAUGAAUGUAACCAAUGUGGUAAAGGCUUUGCACAAAAUAGUCAUCUGCAAACCCAUAAAAGAAUGCACACAGGAGAGAAACCCUAUGAAUGUAUCCAUUGUGGUAAAGCCUUUGCACAAAGCAGUCAUCUCCAAAAGCAUAAAAGAACGCACACAGGAGAGAAACCCUAUAAAUGCAAUCAAUGUGGUAAAGCCUUUGCAGUCACAUGGUCUCUUCAAGAACAUAAACAAACACAUACAGGAGAGAAACCUUUUGAAUGUAACCAGUGUGGUAAAUCCUUUGCAGGAAGGAGUAAUCUCCGAGCACACGAAAGAACACACUUAAGAGGAAAAGCCCUGUGAAUGUAACCAGUGUGGUUAAACUUUUUAAAAAAUCAGUGGUCUUCGCAUGCAUAACAGAGCAUAUAUGCUCUUACACCUGUCUUGCUCUUUGCUCUCUUUUAUUCUCUGCUCUUCUCCUUUGUCCCUACUCUCCCCACCCCUUUCCUCCACCUUUCAUGGCUGGCCUUUUUUCCUCCUCUCUUUUACUCUUCUUCUUUCAUUAAACCUCUUCACCUGGAAAAAAACAUAUAGUUAAGGGAAACCUUUGACUGGACCCAGUGCGUGAAAGCUUUUUCACAAAGCAGAGAUCUCCAAAAUAAUACAAGACGGAAACUGUGAAAUGUAUUCAAUGUGGUUUUAAAACUUUUUCACAAAGAAGUGGACUCCAAAUACAUAAACACGUUCAGUGGAGAAACCCAAUGAAUGUCAUCAAUGUACUGAAGUCCUUUUCCAUCACAUUCAUCUUCAAAUCCAUGAAAGAACAUGUAGUGAAGAGAAAUGCUCUGACUGUAAGUAAUGUGGUAAAACCUUUGCACAAAACAAUCAUCUCCUAGCAAAUUAAAUAAUACACACGGCAUAUAAACCCUAUGAAUAUAAGCAAUAUGGUAACCCUUUUGACAAUUACAGUACUCUUCAAGCAAAUAAAAGAAGACACAAAGUAACCCUAUGUAUACAAACAAUGGGAAAAGCCUUUGUAUAUUGCAAUCAUCUUCAAAUACAUAACAGAAGACAAACAGGUGAAAAACCCUAUGAAUGUAAGCUAUAUGGUAAAGCUUUCACAUGUCAGUCAGACUCAAAGGCACAAAAUAAACCAUAGUGUAGAGAAAUGUUCUCAGUGUAUUUAAUAAAAUCCUAUGAGUUCAUUUAAUAUUGUGAAGCCUUCAGGGAUUUCUAUAGUCUCCAUCAUCAUGAAAUAAUCCAUACUGUGGAGAAACUAUGUUAAUGCAUUUAAGAUAGAGAAGACUUCUCAAUCAUCACACAUCCUCAUCAUCCCAGAGUGGGGAAAAUAACCUAUGAAUGCAUUGAACAUAGUGAAUCAUUUGCACAUUUCUACAAUCUUUAUCAUCAUGAAAGUAAUCAUACUGUAAAGAUAUGUGUAUAAACAAUGUGGUAAAGCCUUUGUGGAAUGGGGUCCUCUAAAAUCCAGCACAACUUAGGUGAAGAAAAUGACAGGAAUUUAUUGGAAUAAAGCUGCUCCUGGAUCAUUGUCAGAAAAUGAACUCAGGUCCUAAACUGUGACAAGUGAGACAGCCUACUAUUCAGUGUGAGUCAGAGUGUGAUAGAGCUGCCAUCCCACAGUCAAAACCUCUGACCCAGAAUUGUCUUUGAAAGAACAAAAAUGGAAAAGAGCCUCAGAAAAAGGAGGUCCAAAUAUGGUACCAGCUCAGGAAGGUACCAUGGUCUGAAACUAUUAUUCAUGCAAUGGUAUGCUUACAAACAGGGGCCUAUCAUGCAUGCCUUCUCAGAGGCCCAACUAAGCAGCUAAAAGAGUCAGAGAGAGACAAUUACACCCAAGCAAUGGGGAGAAACUGGUGAUUCCUGUGGUUGAAUAAGGAAAAACCUGGAAGAACCUGAAGACUGAUCGUAUAGGAAUACCAGCAGUGACAAAUGACCUGGACACCUGGGAUGUCUCAGACACUGAGCAACCAACCAGGCAGCAUGCACAUGAUGAUAUGAGACCCCCCAACACAUACAGCAGAAGACAUUUGUGUCUGGACUCAUUCAGAGAAGAUACACCUAACCCUCAAGAGACUUAGGGCCACAGAAAGUGGGAUGGUGAGAUGGGGACAUCCUCUUGGAGAUGGAGGAGGAGGUGUAGGAUAUUUAACUCUGACAGGGUGACCUGGGAGGGGCAUAAGUCAGGACUGUGAAAAAAGUUUAAACAAUAAAUAAAAAAACUAAGAGGAAACAGAAA